GAAACAAUAUAUUUACAAGGUCAAAGAUAUAUAUGAUAAAUAUAUAUCUUUAGAGUGUGUAGUGUUGUUACCUGGGUUUGGUCCAUCAUCAAUUCAUCGUAAGCAGAUCUUCAUACCCCUAACGUAAAAUUUUUAAGUUUAACAUUGAAGCAAAAUGUGCAUAAGCAAACAACUGAUUUGAAAUAAAACAAAAAACUCUGAAAGUUAUUCCAUCAAAUAAUCUAAAAUCUACUAGAUUAUUUCUAAAGUAAUUAUUAGAAUGUAAUGCACUAAUGCUUAAAUUCGACAAAGAAAAAAAAAAUUAAAUUAAACGAAGCAAAAAAAUCACAAUUAAUAACUCGUAUAAAUAACACCUUCAGAUUAAUGACGUGGAACAAAACGGCAAACACGUCAUGGUCGUCAUCUCAGUAUUCAAUUUCAACAGUAACCAAGUUUUCUGCAGGCUCAUCAAACCGCGCCUUUUAGCUUCAUUCAUAAUUUUUACAUAAGUAGUAUAGAUACACUACUACACUAGUAGAGUAUAGUAUAGAUUAUUGUUAACUGUCUACUAAUCAACGCCCUUAAAUAUACACGUUUCAAGCAUGCUAUGUCCCAAGUGUCAUCUUACAACUCAACUUAUUCCUUAAAAUUUUCAUGUCAUCAUAUACAUUUCUUUUUAUUACUCGUACUAUUUUCCCUAAAAAAAAAAAAAAAGAAAAAUCACAAUAUCAUAAUGACGAACUUCCACCGCUUUCAUGAUUCAUGGGCGGAAAAACUCAACAAAUUCACAGCCGAGCUCGCUAGCACCCCAACACCACGCCUCAACUCUACCUCAGACCAUCAACACGUUCGACAACUCGUCGACGAGGUUGUCGCUCAUUACGUCUUCUACUACCAAACUAAGAUCGAUGAGGCACGUACCGAUGCCCUCCCUUUAUUUGCUGCUCCAUGGGCAACCACCCUGGAGCGGUCCCUUUAUUGGGUGGCGGGUUUUCGUCCCACCACCCUUUUCCACCUUGUUUAUACUGAGUCUAGUAUUAGGUUUGAGUCCCACGUAGCGGACAUCCUACAGGGUCGCCGCACUGGGGACUUAGGAGAGCUCACUCCGGCCCAACUGGCCCGGGUCAGUGAGCUCCAAUGUUUGACCGUCAAAGAAGAGAAUGAGAUUGGGAAUGAUCUAGGUGAGUGGCAGGAGGAGGUGGCCCGGUCCGAGCCCGAAUGGUCUGGGCUUUGCGGAAAUGGGCCUGACGGGCUGAACUGUUUGGUGGCUAGGCUUGGUUCCGUGGUGGCUAGAGCGGAUGAAUUGAGGAUGAAGACGUUACGGCAGGUGGUAGAGCUUUUGUCCCCGCAGCAAGUGGCCGAGUUUUUGAUCGCGGCCGCUGAGCUGCAGUUGGGGAUUAGGCGGUGGGGUGUGCAUCAGGAUCGGGUUCGUACCGAAGAGAGGUGAUACAUCGAGUUGUGAUGUUUGCAUGCAUGUUUUCUUUUUGAUCAAUUUACCGUAAGAUCCUAAAACUAGCUAUUAAAUUUCAAUUUAUGUGGUAAUUUGAUUUAGCCAGGAAAUUUAAGUGAAGUUUUCUGAAAAUUGUGGGGGUUGAUUGCAUGCUUUGUUAGUGACUAGUACACAAUAGUCCUGUAAGCUGGCAAUUAUUUUGUGUUUUUGUUUUUCCAAUUCUAAUGAAUUGAUGAUGUACUAUUAUUUGAAUUUCGAAGUUUGAUAAUAUUUUAUUUUUUGGUGUUUAAAGAGCCACGAGAGCGGGGUGAGAAUCGAUCUCAUGAUCUCCUGAAAUUGGGAGGGAAGCUCUAACUACUUGAGCUAUCCCUCACUCUCUCGAAGUUUGAUAAUAUUGAAUUAGUGUAAUUAUUGGCUUAUAUAAUUUCCGUUGCAAUUAAAUUUAAUAAAUUGUGAGAGUGAGUGAUAGAUAAAGUAUUCCCGUCUAGGCUUGGAGAUCGAUUUUCACCCCGCAUUUGUAACUCUCUAAACCAAAAAAAUAAAAAAUAAGUGUAGUAGGUACCAUGACGCUGUGGACAAAACAUUUAUUAACAUUCUUAACAAUAUAAUAGACACAGCUGCAA